AUGUACAGAUUUAGAAAACGCAAGCGCAAUAGAACUUGUACAGAAAAUGGAACAUGGUAUGUAAAUAGCAGCACACAUGAACCAUGGGGAGACUACACAGCCUGUUCGGAAGGAAGAAUCGCAACUAUUUUCACAAAUAUUACGUCUGAAUCAGAUCUCUGGAAAAGAUAUGAGACUUUAGUACCCAUUCUUAAGAUUGUCUCGCAAACUGGAUAUGCUGUGUCACUUCUAUCACUGAUUGCGGCGUUUAUAAUAAUGCUAUCAAUUAAGAAACUGCAUUGCGCUAGAAACAUCCUCCACAUGAACUUAUUCGCCUCGUUCAUCUUCAGAGCGCUUUUCCACAUCUUAAAAGAAAUACUGUUUGUGGAAGGGGUAGGAUUGCAAAUUGAUUUUAGUGAGAAAAAUGGCGAUUUAUAUUUUAAAACUGAUAUUGAGCAAAAUAAUUACCAGUGCAAAUUACUGACGUCAUUAGUACAAUUUUUUACUACAGCCAAUUAUUCUUGGAUCUUAAUGGAAGGUCUAUACUUGAACAAUCUCAUCUGGAGAGCACUCUUCGUUGAUUCGAGUCGUAAUUUAGUGUACUACAUUUGUCUUGGAUGGGGUUUGCCGAUUUUUGUAAUUAUUCCUUGGAUCAUCGCUAGAAUUUUUCUUGACGAUACCAUGUGCUGGACGACUAACGAUAACGUUAAGGCAUAUCUUAUUAUUGUAAUUCCCACAAUAAUAGCGGUUUUGAUCAACUUUGCUCUGUUCAUCAUCAUAUCCAUAGUACUAUACACAAAACUGCGAUCUCCAAUCUGCGAAGAUACCAAAAGGUACCAAAAAUGGGCACGAUCAACAUUAGUGCUGGUUCCUCUCUUCGGAGUUCACUAUGCCGUCUUGCUAAUAUUCUACUUCACAGGAAAAACGGAUAUUUGGCUAAUUUGCGACUCUCUCUUUGGAAGUUUUCAGGGACUAUUUGUUGCUAUUUUGUACUGCUUCAUGAACGGCGAGGUAAAAACAGAAUUAAAACCACAUAUCUAUAAUUUCCUCAGCUAUUUAGCAACUCAUCCCGUGUUGGGAAUAUGCUUUCCGUGUAGAGCCAAGUUUUUGAGAUCAGCCGUGGGGAGGCGGUCAGUCUGCACGACUUUGUCAUAUAGCUCAAUUUAUGUUAAUGGAGUUGGACACAGAAAUAGCAAAUCUAAGUUUAAUGAGAAAGGGAGGCAUCCAAAUCAAGAAAAGAAUCAUUGCUGCAAUGGAAAACAUCCGUCUAUAAAGAAUGGUGUUCAAGUUGGUAUAAAACACGUUGGAGAUGGCCAGUUGUGCUAUUGUUUACCAACUUUCAUCAGUUAUUUGUUUAUUUUGCUUCUGGAAAUGGCAGGCAAUAACAGCUGGAGACAGAAAAAGUUUAAUUUGUCGGUAAUGACCGAAGAUGAAAUCCAAGAACGUAUGGACUCUGUUGAAACGGAUUCGUCAGGUGAUUAUAGCAGUGAUGAUCCAGACAUCGACCCAGAUUACGAGCAGGAUGAGAUCGCUCCAGAUGACAUGAUAACAGAGUGUAUCCGUGAAAUGCAAGCAGGUGAAACAAGCGACUAUUUUAUUCAAAAUGUGAACAUGUCGCUAAAUAUCAGUGACAUACAAACACCUGCUGCAUCAUCAACAAUGCUAACGGCGGUGCAAAUCGAAGCUGACGAAUGUGUCGAAUCUUUAAAAAAGGAAGAGGCUGGGCCGUCUAGAUGUAUAAAAGCAAUUCCAUCUACUUCAGUCGCCGAUGGUAAACGAAAACGAAAGGAAGAAGAUUCACAAGAAGUAGAAACAGACGAUGGAGAAGAGUCGCUACAAGUAUUGCAACAGAGCAUUGAUGGUUCCGAAAAUGAGGUUGGAACAACAGCUCAAUCUCAAUCUAAAUCAAACUCAAUUAACAUUGUGAAGUCCAGUGGUCGAAAAAGUAUGGCUACUAAUUUACCAAUUGUAAACGAGGCAGUGAAUCUUAUGCGGUCUAUUAGUACUAAAAGGGCUGAAAAGGAUGAAUUUUCAUUGUUUGGUGAACAAGUUGCAAUGAAGCUUCGAAAAAUUGUGUCGGCAUUUGCUAGAUUUUCCGUUCAGAAUAUAAUUAAUACUGUUCUAUUUGAAGCAGAAAUGGGCAAAUACGAUAAUCCUCAUUUCAUAAAUCAUUCUCAUCCAUCUACUCCACAAGCAUAUCCACUGCAAUCAUUCAAUGUUGCCCAUAAUUCAAUACCAUCUCCAGGACAUUACCCCAAUACAUUAAGUGGUCGGAGUUCGACAUCAACUUCUACUAUUAAUCAAGAUGAGGACAUUCACACUCUCUUAUUGCAGUAA